UGCUACAACAGAUAAAACAUAACUUCUUUCAUUCACAUCGCUAUCUAUAUCUAGUAGCUCUUACAAUAAAUUGGUAUCGUAUAUUUAACCAGGCUCUUCAAGGAAAGUUCAAACAAAGAGAUCAGAUAAGAUUAUCUAGUAACAUUUACGCACAGGGCACAAGCCGAAAACCCCGCAUUAUUACUCAAGAAGGGUCAUUUAUGGCGUCUUUUAGAUCUAAAGUCCGUCGAUUUGUACCUCAUCUUGUAAGACUUAUGAUUCUCUUACCGUCCCAGACUCUUUCCAUUUAACAACUCAACAAAUUCAAUCAUCAUGGUACAAAAUUUACGUCUAGCUGUUUCGCAGUCUCAUACACUCUCCACAACAUCUGCCACUCUUGCUGCUCUCUCUAAAACCACACAACAUGCCGCGACUAAAUCGAUCGAUCUUAUUUUAUUCCCAGAAGCGUACCUAGGAGGUUACCCUCGCACAGCUACAUUUGGUGCAGCAGUCGGAGCUCGAGAUCCCAGAGGCCGUGAACAAUUCCUACAUUAUUACAAGGAUGCCGUUGAUUUAGGAGAUACGCCGGAAGGGGCAGGAAAGAAAUGGGUUAACAAAGAACUUGAGGUUGGAGGUGAUGGAAAGCGUGGAGAUGGAACGAGAGAGGAGCUUGAGAAAAUCGCGAGAGAAACUGGGGUAUUCAUUGUGACAGGAUUAGUUGAGAGGAGUGGUGGGAGUUUGUAUUGUGGUGUCGUAUAUGUUUGUCCAAAAUUAGGAAUGAUUGGGAAAAGGAGAAAGGUUAUGCCGGUAUUUCCAAUAUCCCUUACUCUUUCAUGAUUUGAAGGUUUGAAACAUUGCUGGUGAAUGCUAAUUAUAUGUGGUAACAUAGACCGGCAGCGAGAGGCUCAUAUGGGGCCAAGGACAACCUUCAUCAUUACGAGCGGUUACGACUACAAUUCGAGGUGUGAAACUUACACUUGCAUCCGCAAUAUGCUGGGAAAAUUACAUGCCUUUGUUACGACAAUCUAUUUAUAGUCAGAACGUCAACUUGUAUCUGGCUCCCACGGCAGAUGCGCGGGAUACGUGGCUACCAUUGAUGCGGACUGUUGCAUGUGAGGGUAGAUGCGUGGUACUGAGCGCGAAUCAAUGCAUGAAGAGGUCAAAUCUUCCGAGCUGGAUAACAGGGAAUGAUAAAGAAGACAGCGCUAUCGAAGAUGGCCAUGCAGAUGAGUAUGGGCAUGCUCAAUCAAGGUCGAGGAGAAAGUCAAUCCUUACCGAUGAUGGAUGCGAAAUUGCACUUCCUCAAAGCAUAGCAGGAAUACCGGAAACCAUCGAAACUACCCAAAAAGAUGCAUCUGAUUUCAUAUGCAGAGGUGGCUCAUGUAUCAUUUCUCCUCUUGGUGACAUUCUUGCUGGUCCAGUCUGGGAUGAUGAGAAUGGUUUCUUAUCUGUUGACAUCGAUUUUGACGAUUGUUUGAGAGGCAGAUUGGAUUUGGAUGUAGGUGGUAGUUAUUCGAGGUAUGUUGGACCCUACUUUGAUCUCUGCUAUUACUCUUGCUAAGAAUUCAGGAAUGAUGCUUUCAAACUUACGGUGGAAGGUUUGGAUUUGAGCCCCCCUCCUUGAUAUCGGUUAUGUAUGGGAUGAAGAGGUGGUAUCGGCAUAAAAAGGAAACGAAUUUGCACAUCUCAAUGUAUUAUAUGCGGUACCAUUCAUAGGGUAAGGCUGGUUUCCUGUUCUGUUGAUCUGAAUCUAAGUUCAAGGAACUCUUUACAGAUCCUCAUGGUUCUCGACCACGUGGUACCUUUUGUACAGACCUCACCAUUCAUGUUUGGGUAAAUUUGAUGUUGUGGAAGCUACGGGUAGUCCAUUUUUAGCACUCCUUCCAUCUCAUGGCAGGCAAUAUCAUAUCAUUCUUGGCUUAGUUUGGCACCCAUUGAAUUAUGUUAUCUGGUUUUCUAUUCCAUUUGCGUAUUACAACAACAGAAGGCAGGU